CAGCAGCAACAGCAACAACCAACCCAAAGACUUAGCAAUAGCUUGGAACAGCAACAACAGCAGCAACAGCAACAGCAAACGCAACAGCAACAGCAACAACAACUGCAACUUAGCAAUAAGGAAAAUACACUAAGCAACACAACAAACAGCAACGGCUACAAUAAGCCGCGCUGUAAUUAUUGUAAAUUACCCGACGACGCCGUGCCCCAAACGAACAACAAAAACAAAAACUCGAAAAUUGAUUCACCGAAGUCGUCGCAGAAUAAAAUGACAAUUACGACAGCAGCAACAACAACGAACGUGGCAGCAACGGCCACAGCCAGCGAGUGUGGGUUGACACUGCCAACAUCAGCAGCAGCAACAGCAACAGCAACAGCAGAAGAGUUUGUGGGUGCUGCCACAGAAGUGCUGUGCAGCGAUAAAGCAACAUUGACAGCAACAGCAACAUUGCCGCCAACAACAACACCUAAGCCCAGCCUAGCUGCACGUCCGACCACGCCCAGCCGCCUUAAGACUGUGAUCAAAACAACAAUGGUGAAGCGUAGUCCUAGCCAUGACUCAACGCAGGCGACUGCGACGCAUAUGCUGCAACCGAACAGCUGCAACAUUAACAGCAGCAGCACCAACAACAACAACAACAACAACAGCAACAACAACGACGAGCCCAGACGUUCGGUUAGGGAGCGCAUCGCCGCCUAUGCGGCAGGAAAUGAGCCACCUCAGAGUGGAGUCAACGUGGCUCGGCAACAUGACAGCGGCAAGAAAUUUAGCAAAAUUCAGUGCAAUACAAAUCAAAACAACAUGACAAGCGAUGUGAAAAGUGCAAUUAGCAGUGGCAGCCACAGCCACAGCACCAGGAACAACAGCAGCAGCAGCAGCAGCAGCAACAACAACGGCAACAGUCAGCAGAAACAACAUCAAACGCUUAUCAACGGCAACACAACGCCGCCGGCAACAGCAGCAGCAGCAGCGGCAGCGGCAGCCAACACGUCAGUCUCCUGCGCGACUAUCGCAACUGACACGACGCGCUACAAAUCGGGAUUAAGUGAUGUAGCGGCCGACGAGGACGUUGAUGAUGCAGCCACAUCCACUGCCACAUCCACAUCCACAUCUAUAGCCACUGCUAAAGCAACAGCAGCAACUUCAUCUGCCACUCCUGCGCCAGCUGCAAGCGUUUUAAGCACCGGUUGUGCAACUAUGCCGCGCACUCGCCAAUACGGAAGCAAUGCUGCAGGAGCAGUGGCAGCCAACACCAUGACAGCUGAUAAGAAAUUCUUAAGCCGUGCUGCACCCGCCGCCAACACUUCGGGCACCACAUCGGCAGCGGCAGCGGCAGCUGUUGCUGCACCACAGCAACAUCAUAAGCUGCAAUUCAGCGAUAAGGCCGAACUCAAAUUGGCCGCCUUGGACAAUCUGGACCUGGCGCACAGCCUCGACCUGAUCGAUGAAGAUGGCGAUGAUCCCUAUGGUGCACUCCAGGACUAUUUGGAGCGCGUUAAGCUGGAAAUCAACGAGGUCUUUGAGCUACGCAAGGCGCAGCGAUUGCAGCAGCAACUGCAGGAGCAACUCGAGGCCGUGCGACAGGCAGCAGCGGCGGCCAAGCAGCUUGAUGAAUUGUCGCGUUCUACGGAAUCUGAUAGCGGCUUUGACAGCAGCAGCACAACAGCAACAGUCGCAACAGCAACAGCAGCAACAUCAACAGGCAACAGCAGCAACAACGGCAACAACAGCAAUGGCAAACCAGUGACAACUAAACUAAGAGCUCUGCCGCCGCCACCGUCGAGUCGAUGUACUUCGGCUGAGACAACGCCUCCUGCCACUGCUGCUGCCCAGCCGGAUGAUGUGAACAUUUGGGCAAACAAAUUUCUACGUGAUUUGGACAAUCUGAUGGGUGGCGAUAAGCUGCCGUCGCAUCUGGCAUCCAGUGCUGGCGCAGGCUCGGAUUCCGCCUCCUCCAGCAGCUCGCCCACGUCCAGGACAGCGCCCAUGCUGCUCUCAGCAGCGGCCAGCGCGGCCCUGCAGAGUCGCUUUGGCAAGAACGCAAUUGUCAGCAACGAACAGCAGCAGCAGCAGCAACAGCAGCAAAACGGACUCGUCUUGAAACCGGAGAAGCAUGCAACCAUUCCACUGCAAUCGUUCAACCUUGAUUGCGGACGCAGCGAGGUGGCCGCCAAGCCGAGCAUUGCCUACAUGCGCACAUUGUCGGCGCCGGGCGGGCAUGGCGCAACGCCGAGAGCAGUGCCGAGCGUGCAGAGUCAACGCAAGAGUCUGGCGGUGUUCGCAGCUAAUGGACUGGCAGAGACGUCGACAGCGGCUGCGACUGCGACAGCAACUGCGACGCCAGCAGCUCAUAAGCUGACAAAUUUCCAAAGUGCAUUGAAAAUCGAAGAGCGAACGGCGGCAACAGGUGAGCCCGGCGCUGCGGCAACCACGACCACCAUGGACGAUUUGAAAUCUAGGCGACAGCGUCAAUUCAACGGCUUGGACAUGGAAACGGCUUCCAUGUCGAUGCCAAAACGGGUGGGCAUUAAUCAUGCAGCUGCCGCGACGUCGCCAACGUUGACGAGCAGAAAUGCUAUAACCCCGCCACCAGCAAAGGCAGCAACAGCAGCAGCAGUAGCAGGAGCAGGAGCCGGUGGGGCAACAAGUGGAACACAGCUGACCUCGGGGAAAGGCGCCGCCACGCCUGGCUAUCUGGUGGAUGUGACCAAAAAAGGCUCCACCUCAACACUGUGGACAUCGGAGGAGUCCAUACUGCGCAGCGUUGGCGCCGUCGAUGAAGACAACAACUCCACUUCGUCGUCUUCGGCCUGCGAGGAGGCGGCCGGAGUGCUGAGCUCUGGCAAGUCUGGCAUUUCGCUCGACUCCUCGGGACUGGACAACGACAACAACGAGAGCGGCAUUGGCACGGCUACGCCGCCCAAGGACAUGUCCUACUGGAAGAGCCACCAUCUGCAGCACCAUCACUCGCACCACCACCACAGGGCGGGGGGCAGUGCGCCCGACAAUGAGUCAGUCAGCAGCCUGGAGGCGCUGCGCAAAAUGAAAUUCCAGAAGAGCGGCUCUGUGGCCUCGUCCGACGAUCCCGACCUGCUCGAGGUGCUCAGCCUGUGCGGCAGUGGCGGCGAGGCUGCCAACGAGUCCCAGGACGACAUGCUGGACGAGCAGACGGCCAAGCAGUCGUCGUCGCCGUCGCCGACCAAAGCAGCCGCCGCCGAGUACGACGAGUGCCAGGACGAGUUCGAGCUGACGCAGCACUACUGCGACUGCGACUGCACCGACGGCGACGCGAGUAGCGCCAGCGGGGGCACAGCAUCGAUGGCCACGCCCGUCGUGCUGCGCCGCAAGUACAGUGCUGCGCCGCCCAUUAUGGUGCCGCUGGCGGGCGUGGCAAGGCGCAACCAGCGCAGCCUCUCCCUGGACCACCCCCAUCAGCAGCAUCAGCUGCUGCUGCAGCCGCGCAAGCUGCUGCCGCGCCACAACCACAAGGAGCGCGGCCAGCUGUCAUUGGCGCUGCGCCAGGAGCCCUUCCAGUCGCUGCUCUCGCCCACGGCCACGACAGCCCCCCACCUGCAUCAUUUUGUGGAGCUGCCUUCGCCCAGCAGCGCCUCGCUGCACAGCGACACCGGCGGCAUCCAAGAACUGACCACCAAAUCCAACUCAGCCCCGCUGCUGCUCAAGGAGCGUGAGCGGAGUCGUCGCUGCGAUGACUUUGCCGCACAGCACUUGACGCUGCGCUAUUCUCGUUCGCAGAGUGAUCGCUAUUUAGCAGAAAUUGAAGCCGUGGAAGCAUGUAAAUGGCUGCGGGCAGCAGGUUUUCCGCAAUAUGCCCAGAUGUACGAAGAUCAUCAGUUCCCGAUCGAGCUGAACAAUGUAGCCAAAGAUCACACAAAUCUUGAGAACGAUCAGCUGCAGUCGCUCUACAGGCGGCUCUGUGUCCUAAAUCGUUGCGCCAAUAUGCGACUGGAUCAGACGCACAAGCCCCAAACGCCACAGCAAAAGGAAGAAUCCGAUGAUGAGAACUUUGCUCUGAGCGAGAACUGGACAUUCCAACCACACAUUCGACGCUGGUCGCGCAUAGGUGAGAUGGGUCUGGAGCUGCCGCCGCCGGGACUGCUGGACCUGGAGAAAACGGAGAGCUCAUCCAAGGAGUCGAGUCCCGAUCGCUUCGAGGACGACAGCUACGACCUGGGCGGCGCUGGCAUCACGCUCGUGAUUCCUGGCUGCAGCAAGGGUGACGCCAACGAUGGCUCGCUGCAUGACAGCUCAGAUGGGACCACGCGGCUGCGUCGCACGGGCAGUGAGCGCUUCAAGGACGGAGCCAAGGCCUUCCUGCGGCGAGUGGAGUCGAUAAAGUCGCGCCGUCGCAAGCGCCAGAAUCGCGAGAAUGUGGUAAUCAGUGGGCCACAGGUGCUGGAUCUGGCACAGUUGGGUCAGCGCAGCAGCCUGCGCAAGCCCGACGCCGUCUACUCCACGCCCCCCUCGCCAUCCGCGCUAAGUCCCAUGCACACAUUCCCCAAGGUGCCGUUCUUCGGCAACGAGCUGAAGGUGCCCAGUCACAGCGACAACUUCUUGAGUCCGAACCGAUCCAGCCCCAAGCGAACGCCGACCACGCCGCGCUCGAUGCGCACGAGUCCGCUGCACUUCUUCUCCAGCCCCAUGACCCAGCUAAAGGAGGGUAAGUCGGACGACUCCUCCUCCUACUACAGCGACAGCCAGGAGUCGUCGACUGGCGGCAAGCUGUCGCUGUCUCUGCGGAAACCCUCGAAGGCACGCCGGUUCUUGCAGCGAUCCGGCAAGGUGGAUGACAUUGGUGCGCACUCGGACUCCGAGUGCCACCAGGGCCGGAAGCUGCUCAUCAAGGAUGCCAAUUCAAACACCACUGAGGUGAAGAUCAAGAAGCUGACGCGUGGCGGCUCGCUUAACCUGGGCAAAGAUGCCAAGAAACGGGACGGCUUCCGCUCGUCCUCAUUCCGCUCGCGCAGCACGUCCCGCAAGGAGCCAAAGAACGAGGAGGAGCACACCGGCAGCUCGAAGCGGCAGCCAGUGGUGCGCUGGCACAGCUUCCAAAUGGAAGAGCGCCCCAACAUGAUCUUCCGCAAAUGCUUCUCCCAGAAGAUCGAGCCUCAUGCCCAGCAGGAGGAUGCCGGCAUUCCCUUUGCUGCCAUGUCAGCUGGCCAGCUGCAAAUCAUUCGCAAAUUGGCGCUGGUCACCCUGACGGGCUACAUGGAACGCUAUUGCCCCUCCCAUCGCUCCGGCUGGAACUGGGAGCUGCCCAAGUUCAUCAAGAAGAUCAAAAUGCCCGACUACAAGGACAAGAAGGUGUUUGGCGUCCCACUGCUCCUAAUACUGCAGCGCAGCGGCCAGGCCUUGCCCAUGGCUGUGCGCGCCGCUUUCCGCUGGCUGCAGCUCAAUGCCCUCGACCAGGUGGGACUGUUCCGCAAGAGCGGCGGCAAGUCGCGAAUCAUGAAGCUGCGCGAGCAGAUCGAGCUCACCGACUCCACGGCAGAGUGCAUGGACGUGUUCGACCUCCAGCAGGCCUACGAUGUGGCCGACAUGCUGAAGCAGUAUUUCCGCGAGCUGCCCGAGUCGCUGCUGACCACCAAAAUGUCCGAGACCUUUGUGGCCAUCUUUCAACAUUUGCCUGCUGAAGUGCGUCUGGAUGCAGUGCAAUGCGCCGUGCUGCUGCUGCCGGACGAGAACCGUGAGAUACUUUACGUGCUGCUCGAGUUCCUGACCAUUGUGGCUGCCAACUCGGCGCAGAAUCAGAUGACCAGCAACAACCUUGGCGUGUGCCUGGCUCAGUCCAUUUUCCACUCGUCCAUCUCCACGGGCUCCGCAUCGGUGUCGGCGUCGCCGCGGCGCAAGGGCAAGGGCUCCGGAAUGCCGGACAUGAAGGAGCUGGCCGAGGCGAAGGCCUCGCACGAGUGCCUGUCCUUCAUGAUCGAGCACUACAAGCCGAUCUAUACUGCCGCCAAGGAGAAGCUGGCCAAGUGCAACUUUGGCUACAUGGAGGAGUCGAAGCCGGUGCCGCUGGAGGCCCUGGGCGAGGGCAUGCAGUUCCACAACUGGCGCGGCUAUCUGUACGAGUGCACCAGCGCCACCAUCAAGGAGGGGCGUGAAAAAACACGUAGCUGGAUCACAAUAAACUCGCUCAACGACAGCAACGUGGACAUUGCGUACAAGAAGGUGGGCGACGGGCACCCGCUGCGUCUGUGGCGCUGCUCGACAGAGAUUGAGGGACCGCCGCGAGAGGUGCUGGAGUACAUAAUCAAGCAGCGCGCCUCCUGGGAUCCGAAUCUCUUGCAAUGCCAAACGGUCAAGAAACUGGAUGAUCGCACCGAAAUCUAUCAAUACGCCCUGGAUGGCCAGUUGACCACUGACUUCUGCGUGCUGCGUUCCUGGCAAACGGAUUUGCCGCGCGGCGCCUGUGUUAUUGUGGAGACCUCGAUCGACCAUGCCAAGGCCAAGCCGCUGUUCUGUGCGGUGCGUGGAGUCGUCCUGGCCUCGCGCUACCUUAUCGAACCCUGCGGCAGCGGACGUUCCCGAGUCAUGCAUUUGGCGCGCGUGGAUGUCAAGGGCAAAACUCCGGAGUGGUAUAACAAGAACUAUGGACACAUCUGUUCGCACUACUUGUCCCGCAUACGUCUAGCCUUCAAGCACGUAGCAGAUGGACCCGAGAGCAAGGUCUAAUGAGCACAAUGCCACGUGCCACUUGUUAUAUCAAAAUACACACAAAAAUCCCGCUAGCAUUUCGGUAAUCCCAACGAGCAGACCUAUUCUACGACCUAGACCAGACGAGCUUAAGAUGUACUACUCAAAGCAAAGGAAGUAAAGGAAUAUAUAUAUUAUACGAGUAACCAUAUAUAUUUUACUACAAUAUAUAUUUUGUAAAUACUUAACUAGAUAUGAUAAUUCCAAAACUAUAUUGCAAAAACUUCAAUACGUUUUUUGUUUAGCUAUAAUUUACUGUAUUAUAUUUAUAUGUGGUCUUAACUUAUGCUUACUUUACUUUACUAUAUAUUUACUUAUACUUUACGAAACGAAAUCUAACAUCCAAAAUACUCAACACAUAAAUAUCACAAAUGUACUUUUACGAUUUCUGAAAACAAAAAGCUUCAAAUUAUGUUUAUGGCACCAAAAUAUCUUUAAUGUUAAUUAGUUUGUAGUCUUCGCAAUAUGUAAACCGUUAAAUAUGGAUAAAACCCCUCUAGGAAUCAGAAAGCGCAACCUUUUAAUGUGUAAAGCAAAUUCAGCUAGUCAAAUUCUCUAAUUUUAAGUUAAAUUACUAACCCAAUACACUCAACAAAAUCGUCGACCAAGUUGUUGAAAAAUUGCAUUGCUUUGGUUUCAGGCGGGAAAU